CCCACCAUGUGGGCUCAUCCUGGGUCUGUGAUCCCCUCAGGGAGUCCUGUUACCAUCAGGUGUCAGGAAUCCCUGGGGGCCCAAACGUAUGUGAUAUAUAAAGAGGGAAGCCAAGAGCGCUGGGUCCAACAGACUCAAACAGACAACAGCACUGAGGCAAAACUCACCAUUCCAUCUACAACACAAGUGCAGGCAGGCCGAUAUCACUGUUACACCUACACCUCUGCGGGAUGGUCACAGCGCAGUGACCCCUUAGAGCUGGUGGUGACAGGAGUCUACAACAAACCCACCCUGUCAACCAUGCACAAUCCUGUUGUAAACGUAAGAGGGUUUGUGACCCUCUCUUGUACCUCAAGUCAGAGAUAUGACUGGUUCAUUUUAACUAAGAAUGGUCAAAAGUUCUCCAUCCCUCGGAGCCCAAGACACACACCCACUGGGAUGUUCCUGGCUCAGUUUCCAGUGGGUCCAGUGACCUCCAGCCAGAGGUGGAGGUUCAGAUGCUAUGGCUAUUACACAAAUAAUCCUCAGGUGUGGUCAGAAGGGAGCGAGGUCCUGGAGCUCCUGGUCUCAGGGAACCUUCAGAAACCCACCUUGUGGGCUGAACCAAGUUCUGUGAUUGCCUCUGGCAAUGUUGUGACCAUCUGGUGUGAGGGGUCCAAGGAAACCCAAAUAUAUUUCCUGUAUAAAGAAGGAAGCCCAGCACCCUGGGACAGUCAAACUCUCAAAGGUCCUGGUAAGAAGGCCAUGUUCUCCAUAGAAUCCAUGGAAAAGCAUCAUGCAGGGAAAUAUCGCUGUUACUCUUACAAAUCUAUAGGCUGGACAGAGAGCAGUGACCCUCUGGAGCUGGUGGUGACAGGAGUUUACCCCACUAAAAUCACUCUGUCAGCCCUUUCCAGCCCUGUGGUGACCUCAGGAGGAAAUGUGACCUUUCAGUGUGUCUCACAAAAGGCAUAUGACAGGUUUAUUCUAAUGAAGGAAGAUGAGAAGUUCUCCAGGCCUUUGCCCUCACAGAAAAUAUACCCUGAGCUAUUUGGAGCUGUGUUCACAGUGGGUCCUGUGACCCCCAACCAGAGGUGGAGGUUCACAUGCUAUGGCUAUAACCUGAGGAGCUCUCAGCUGUGGUCAGUUCCCAGUAACCACUUAGAGGUCCUGGUCUCAGAACUGGAAGGAUACCAAAAGGCUGUGAUUGGUGUCUCUGUGGCCUUCUUCCUCCUGCUCUUCCUCCUCAUCCUCUUCUUUUUCCUCAAACUGAGGCAUCAGAAGAAUGACAGGAAGGGGGUGCAGACAAAGACUGACUUGCAACAUCCUGCAGACUCAGCGACCAAGGGGGAAAGCUUCCAGAAGAGAUCCACACCAGCUCCUGCCAUCCAGGAAGAAAUCUUGUAUGCUACUGUGAAGGUCACACAGCCUGCAGAUAGCAUGGAGCUGGAUGUCCUGAGCCAACAUGAGGAAGACCCCUCUAAAUACUUGUAUGCCCAGGUGAAGCCCUCGAGAUUAAGAAGGACAGAGAUCACCUAUUCUUCUCUCAUGCCAAAGGAAUUAUUGGCCUCCAAUGACACACAGUCAAAAGGAAAUCAAGUGAUAGAUGAACAGGCUGUUACAACAGAGGAGCCACAUGAUGUGACCUAUGCCCAGCUGUGCAUUGUGACCCCAAGACACGGACAUGUGAACCUCCCUUCUUCCAGGCAGAAAAUUCCAACCUGAGAUCAUAGUCUGGCCUCUACCAAUCUCGGGAGAUCACACUCUGCAUUUCAUGGAGUAGGGAGGACUCAGGGAUGUCAGAAAAUAAGAUCUGCCUCAGGUGCACAGUCAUAGUGCAGACAUGAUCAGUCUCUGUAGCACGAAUCUUUAAGAGUCUUAUUAAUAAAAUCAAACCUGAGGCCAGUUAUUGGGGUGAAUGCUGGAAGAUCAGAGAAGCAGAAGAAGCCACAGUUACCUCACCUCGCCAAU